GGGGAGACCAGGCGGCUGGGAGACCCAGGCGGUGUUAGGGGUUGCGAGCAGCCUCGCUCAACUGGGGAAUUGGCGGCAAGACUGCCAGGAGGCGGAACCUAGGGCGCUCGGCGACGCGGUCCUGCGGACUGUCGCUAGUGAGGCACCCGCCGGCCCGGAAGGGGCUGAUGCGAACUGGGGCCACGGCAGCCAUCGCGCUUUGCAGUUCGGUCUCCUGGUGUACGGCCAACGCCAAGUAGGGGAUUGCGUUCUCUCCAGUCGCAGACCCUAUCAGAUUUGGAUAUGUCCUUCAUAUUUGAUUGGAUUUACAGUGGUUUCAGCAGUGUGCUACAGUUUUUAGGAUUAUAUAAGAAAACUGGUAAACUGGUAUUUCUUGGAUUGGAUAAUGCAGGAAAAACAACAUUGCUACACAUGCUAAAAGAUGACAGACUUGGACAACAUGUCCCAACAUUACAUCCCACUUCAGAAGAACUGACCAUUGCUGGCAUGACGUUUACAACUUUUGAUCUGGGUGGACAUGUUCAAGCUCGAAGAGUGUGGAAAAACUACCUUCCUGCUAUCAAUGGCAUUGUAUUUCUGGUGGAUUGUGCAGACCACGAAAGGCUGUUAGAGUCAAAAGAAGAACUUGAUUCACUAAUGACAGAUGAAACCAUUGCUAAUGUGCCUAUACUGAUUCUUGGGAAUAAGAUCGACAGACCUGAAGCCAUCAGUGAAGAGAGGUUGCGAGAGAUGUUUGGUUUAUAUGGUCAGACAACAGGAAAGGGGAGUGUAUCUCUGAAAGAACUGAAUGCCCGACCCUUAGAAGUUUUCAUGUGUAGUGUGCUCAAAAGACAAGGUUACGGAGAAGGCUUCCGCUGGAUGGCACAGUACAUUGAUUAACACAAACUCACAUUGGUUCCAGGUCUCAACGUUCAGGCUUGCUCAGAGAUUUGAUUGCUCAACAUGCAUAACUUGAAUUCAAUAGACUUUUGCUGGUUAUAAAACAGAUGUUUUUUAGAUUAUUAAUAUUAAAUCAACUUAAUUUGAGUGAGAAUUGAAAACUGAUUCAAGUAAGUUUGAGUAUCACAAUGUUAGCUUUCUAAUUCCAUAAAAGUAAUUGGUUUUUACAGUUUAUAAUCUGACAUCACCCCAGCGCCAUUUGUAAAGAGCAACUUUCCAGCAGUACAUUUGAAGCACUUUUUAACAACAUGAAACUAUAAACCAUAUUUAAAAGCUCAUCAUGUUAAAUUUUUUAUGUACUUUUCUGGAACUAGUUUUUAAAUUUUAGAUUAUAUGUCCACCUAUCUUAAGUGUACAGUUAAUAAUUAGCUUAUUCAAUGAUUGCAUGAUGCCUUACGGUUUUCAGUAACAUUUUUUCUUAUGCAAACGUCAUGCAAUAAAACAAACUCUAAUGUUUGGCAUCCUUGUUGGGCAAAUGUUUCAUUUAAAUGUGUCUUAUCUAGCUAGUAUACUCUGAAAAUUUGAGUAUUUAAUAUUAGGCAUAUGAAGUGGUUGUUGGGAAAGGAGAUUCCUUCAGAAUAUUUAGAAUAGCGUUUAAGGCUCUCAAGGCUUAGGUAUUUACCAUGAGAUGGUUGUGGUCAGUUGCACCUGAUACCAUGUAUCCCUGAAUCAUGUGUAUUUUUAUUAGUAAUGCUGCCACUACCAUUGCUGAUGGGGUCUGUGUCCUAGUCCCUGUGGGAUUGGCCUUCUGAAGAAAAGCACAUUUAUGGUACACAAGGUUGAUUCUCAGUUUGGUAGGCUCUAUAGUUCCAUCCCAGCUGUCUAAUUCUGAAGUGCUCCAGUCUUAUUGGUGCCCAGUGGGGUAAUCUGUGCCUCUUCCCCAAAAGCAAUGACAGGCACCAGUGUCUCCACAUUUAGAUAUAUUCCCGGUCUCUUUACAUUUAACAGUACUCUCUGGGGCAAGCAAUAAGUAGGACCUUGUGUGCAGUUUCAUUGUAGAGACAUGUAUAUCUGAGGAAUAAAACAGCUUGUUCUGUGUCA